UCGUGUGCAAUUAUAAAUAUAUAAUGUAUAUAUGGAGAUAUCUAUGACAAUUUAAAAACAUGGCUACCAUGUGAAAAAUAAAUUGGUCGCAUUACUGUCUACAUACAAGACUUUAUUUAGUUUUUACAAUAAUUUUGUUUCAUAGUAUCAGCGGAACCCAUUAGUCGUAAAAAGUACGUAGCUUCGAUGAAAUUUCUAAAGUGUUGGCGCGGAUUUACCGAGUGAAACAUUAGUGUUUUUAACAGUUACAAUUGCAUUUUUAUUGUCUAUCGAAUCAGCUAACGGGUUUAUGACGAAUACAAAUUCAUCUAUAUUCUAAUAUCCUGCAUGGUGUGUGGCAGUAGACUUCACGAAGGAGUAUUAAAUAAUGAUAUGUAUUCACAAUUAAACAUAUCAACAAGUAUAUAGCUAUAUAUCCACGAUUUAAGAAACGAUUUGUUAAAAUCUGUUAAUGCUAUGAAGGAACUUUACUAAUAUGUACGAUCGCUAAACGUGAUUAAUUCGAAAGUCUGUUUUUAAAUAAAUUGAUUCUUUACAAAGAUUAUAUGUUAAGACAUUAAGCAAGAUAACUUGUAUAAUAAAGAUUCUAUGUAUAAUAUUGUGCUACAUUAUUUAUAAAUUGACAUCAAUGGAUUCCAUUGAUUUUGAUACAAUUAUACGACAUCCACGAACUAUUAUUCAUGUAGAUGUGGAUUGUUUUUAUGCUCAAGUGGAGAUGCUAAGACAUCCUGAAUUGGAAGGCAAACCACUGGGAGUAAAACAAAAGAAUAUAGUCGUAACGAGCAAUUACUCGGCUAGAGAAUAUGGAAUUAAAAAAUGUAUGCCUGUCCAAGAUGCUUUACAGUUGUGUCCAGGGCUGGCCUUGGUAAAUGGGGAGGACCUAACAAAUUACCGUCAAUUUUCUGCCAAAAUAUUAGAGAUACUACAUCAGUUCACUCCUUUAGUCGAAAGAUUGGGUUUCGAUGACAAUUUUAUGGAUGUCACAUCUCUUGUACAGAAAUGUAUGAACUCUGGUAAUGAUUCUGAAGCGAACCUAGACAUUUCCAUGGAGGAUCAAAAUCCAAUUGGUGAAAUAUUUGGCUCCUCGGACGAGGAAUGUCCAUGUGGUUGCCAUGCGCGGUUAAUCAUAGCUUCUAAGAUAGCAGCAGAAAUAAGAAAACGAAUUCACAAAGAGUUGCGCGUCACCUGCAGUGCUGGAAUAGCACACAAUAAACUACUGGCAAAACUAGUAGGAUCAUUGCAUAAACCAAAUCAACAAACAAUGAUAUUUCCUUGCAGUGGACCAAUGUUAUUGUCCACGAUUGGAUCCGUAUCAAAUAUUCCAGGCGUUGGUCAGAAAACUACGCAGAUGUUAAUGUCAAACAACAUCAAAACGGUGGACGAUUUGCGUAAGACACCUCUGGAGACCUUGGAGAUGAAAAUUGGCAUUGAACUGGCAAGAAAACUGAAAAACAAUGCUGAAGGUAUCGACGAGACUAUCGUGAAGCCAACAGGCAAGAAACAGUCGAUAGGAUUGGAGGACGGUUUCAAAAGCGUCUCUUUGGUAGCCGAAGUAGAAUCAAGGCUCGGUGCGCUUUUAAGAAGAUUGACAGAGUUAGCUAUGGAAGAUGGGAGGAUCCCCAUUGCUAUGAGAAUAACAGUAAGGAAGCACGACUUUAACAAACCAGCCUCCGGUAAAAGAGAAACACGUCAAUGCGCUCUACCAAAACACUUACUGCCCUCCACAAAGUCCGGCGUUUACGAUCAUGCCAAGAUGCUGUCGCUCGCUAUGAAGCUGUUCCACCGAACUGUUGAUGUCUCCAAACCAUUCCAUUUGACACUCCUGGGAGUCGCUUUUACGAAGUUCGAAGAGAGAUCAUCCGGGAAGAAUAGUAUUACAUCCUUCUUGCGAAAACAAGUCGCUGUUCAGUCUGUUCUAGACAUAAGUUCCGAGGAGGGUAUAUCAGAUGUGAGUCUUGGGUCGCCUAUGAGCGUGAACCAGGACAGCAAUGACGGCUCCGCGAUGAGCACCACCUCAUCCCCCGUCUCGAAGACGAUGGGUGCUGCCAAUCAGGGAGCCGAUGAUGAUCUGUUGAGCGAGAUAGAACCUCUGCCGAAGAAGACCAGACUGGAAGUGUGGCUGAAUGGCCGCAGAGAAUCUCCGAGCAACGAAAUGGCCGAUCUACGGCUCAGCCCUUCGUCACCGAUGCAGUUGUCACCGAAAAUCGACGCGGCGGUCCUCAAGUCUCUACCAAUCGAUAUUCAAAGAGAAGUGACCCGCUCUUGGCCGACGACUAGUAAACCAAAACCGAAUAAUAUAUUGAAAUAUUUCAUAGCCAAUAAGUGACGGAGUUCGGUGACCUAGAUCGCAACGUAGCCAUCUCUUUCUGUACACAUCUCUGCGGUUACAAUAUUGGAUGGCAGCACCAUGUGAUAUUAUGACUUUAAGUUACAGAUGUCGCAAAACUCAUUUGCAAUCGCUUUGGGUAUUAAACUUCUACGUAUACACGUACACAUGCAUGCACACAAAAAAACACACACACACGUAUAUAUAUAUAUAUUUUCUACGGCAUUUACAUCCAUCGAAUUUGUUAACACGAGGUGACUUUAUCAUAUAAAUCCCUACCAGAGUCUAUGAAUAAAUUCGCAUAAAUACACAUAUAUCUUAUUUAUUUGUCUUAACUGAUCCAAACAUCGCUUCGAACGUUCAGGAACAGAUGUUUGGUUGGAUCUGCAUUUAUAAACAAACAAAAAUGUGUAUUAUCUCUGCGAGAGUAUUUAAAGGAGCGUUCGACAAAAGUGUAUAGACGAUCAACGAAAAGUAUUCCCGAGAGUUUUAAAAAUAAGUUUCUAUUCUCAUGAUGAAGCGGACAAGCAUCGCAAGUGCAUAUACAUACGAUAUACAUAGGGCAUAGUAAACGAAAGAUGUUCAAAAUAAAACUGUGUUAUCACAAUCGUUUUCAUCUUCAUUGAACAAAAUCAUUCAAAAUGUAUUGUCCAUGUUGCGUUCAAUGGGAAAACUGCGUCGCCCGUACGACGAUCAUACUUAGGAAGCGUGAACACUGUCGUUUAUUAAAUGGGGUGCUGGCAUUUGAUACGUAUGCUCCAACGGCCGAACUGUGGUUGUAUUGAUUUCAAACGAGAAGGAAAAAGAAAAGAACUGAAGGGAAGUGUUUAUAUUUUUAGUACCGACAAUGUUAUGCUACGAGUGUAACGGGUGUUGUGAAAACAUGCGCCGUAAACGGAAAUACUCGAUCGGCCCUAGCGUGCAACUGAUACGGAGCUCCAUACACGCAUGACAAAAAAGUAGUUUCUAUGCAGUAUAUAAUAAUUAUCUAGAAUGUUAGACAAUCAUAAAACUUUAUCGGUUCGAUACGGUACAAGGUGAAUAAUUAUAAUAUAUAUAUAUAUUUGAAUAUAUAUGUAUAUAUACAUAUAUAUGUAUGUAUGUAUGUAUGUGUAUAUAUAUGUAUCCGUUAAGCAUACACGAGACAAGGAAAUGAGCCAACGAUCCACGCGAUUUCGAAAUUAGUUCUAUCAUACAAACACACAAAAUAAGUACGCGCAACGUGUUACUUAAAAAACAAAUAAACAAAUAAUAGUAACGAGAGAAAAAUAAGAACGUACGUACAUUAGAGCGUGACCAGCGGCAAGUGAUACUGAAACAGUAGCUUUUGUAAACGAUAACAAAAAAAAAAAAUAUACUUAUAUAAGGGUACGGAAGAUUUAUACGUUAAGCGUUCGUUAAUGAGCAACGCAGGUGACGAGAGAUUAAUUUACCAACGAGUUCUCUUUCCUUCUUCUAUUUUUGUUUUUUUUUUUUUUUGUGUAGCCCUUUCCUUCUAUGUUUAUUUAUUUACCGUAUUGUAUAGGAAAAGCGGCGAUCAUUAUUGACUAUUAACUUCUGGUUGUGAGAACAUGAAUAUUUUAUACGUACACACACAAACACGCGCGCGCGUCAUCGGGGAUAGUAUGAGCGGUUUCGAAACCCACGCUGCGCCAUCUUCCAACUUUUGAUUAAUUAGAAUAACAUGCAGCGUUUCUUCAGAUAAUUGCGUUCAUAUGACUUUCACUGCGCACAUAUUGCCGGCUCAUAUUGCCUCCGAUUCAUUUAAAUAAAAAAAGUUCGAGUUGUA